UCAACUAAUCGGCAAAGGGAUCUACAAUCAGGUUGAUAAGACAUAACCCGCCAAUCUCCAGUCUCCUGGUUUAGCAAAUUUCCAGGCUAUCAAACGAAUACGGAACAAGUCGGACAAGAUGAGCAGAUCGUCGGCAGACAAGCGGGACAUUUACUAUCGACUAUGCAAGAGCGAAGGUUAUCGAGCAAGAUCAGCCUACAAGCUUCUCCACCUGGAUGAGGAGUUUGAUCUCUUCCGAGGAGUGAGAGUGGCAUGCGAUUUCUGUGCCGCACCGGGAUCAUGGAGUCAGGUCUUGUCACGAAAGCUCAGACCUGCAGGGAAGAAAGACCCGGCAAAGAUCGUCUCUAUCGACCUCCAGCCUAUGGCGCCUCUGGCAGGAGUGACCAUCUUGCAUGCGGACAUCACCGUACCAUCCACUCUUAACAAGAUGAUGGACGCUAUGGAGGAGGAAAAGGCGGAUCUGGUUGUCUGUGAUGGAGCACCAGAAGUGACGGGGGUACAUGAUCUGGAUGCGUAUCUGCAUGCUCAGCUGUUACUGGCAGCUUUGACGCUAGCUUUACCGUUACUGGCACCAGGCGCCACCCUGAUCUUCAAGAUCUUCCUCUCGCCAUCAGAUCCUACCGGCGAGAUCCUCAUCUCGCAGCUCGAGCCGUUCUUCAGUUACCCGCAGAAGGGGGACGAGCUGAUUGACGAUACGCUCGGAAAUCCGUAUGAGGAAGGAGGAUGUGAGGUCAAGGGGUAUGAUCGGUAUGGCCGUAGAGGAGGGGUGUGGGUGAGGAAGCCUCGAAGUAGUAGAGCGGGGAGUGCAGAACAUUUCCUGGUUUGCCGGAAUUUCAACCCGGAUACGUUACCGCCGUCGUUCGACUUCAAGAGCCUUUCACAUAGCGUACAGUCCCUGUCUCUGGAUUCGUUCAGCGCCGGUGAGCGGACCAGCAAGGAGGACGAGGAGAAGGAAAGACGGUGGCAGGUGAUCAAGGGUUACACGAUCGGGGAUCUCGAUUGUGGGCGGUAGGGUCCCGGAUGUUUUGUGCCUUGUCAGCGCCGAAACAUGACGAGACCCAUACACAAUCACCUGUUCACGUUCUACAUCCUAUAAUUAUUGCUCUGCAUUAUACGUAUCGAUUCCGUCAGACCCUGUUGAACUCGAAGGUUUUGCCCGAAUCUCCGUAUAACUUUCUGCCCAAGAUUCGUCUCCGAGCCGGUUUCCCGAGCAGGAAGUUGGCAGGCGCG